AUGACCAAACCAAAGGUGCUUUUCAUUGGUGACUUGAAUAAGGAUUUGCCCGAGUACGCUCAGUUUGUCAAGAAGGUGGAGCCUGUGUUCUAUGAGUUACCAGAUAACAAGGAACAGUUGAUCAAGGACUUUAGAAAUAAGUUCAACGAUGUCCAGGCUAUCUAUGGUGCAUGGUUGGGCUUUGUGCCUCUUGGUGGGUUCACUGGCGACAUCUUGGAAGGUGCUCCUAAGUCGUUGCGUGUGGUGUCCAUCUGUUCUGUUGGUUUCGAACCAUACAACGGCGCCAGAAUGGCCGAAAAGGGUAUCAUCUUGACCAACGUGCCCUCUGACGGUGCUUCCAAGCCGGUUGCUGAAUUGGUCUUGUACAAUGCAUUGUGUGCUUUUAGAAACUUCCCGGCUUUCACUACAUCCUUCACUUCUGAUAUCAACCAUACUGUGAAGUUGAGAAAGCUUCUUGACUCCAACAAGUUCGAUUCGGUCAAGGGUAAGUGCCACCUUGAUGCUGUUCAUGGCUACUCUUUCGGUCAUUAUGCUGGUGGAAGACCAUGUUUGAGUCCAAACGGUCACAAUGCUGUGAUUGUUGGUUUCGGUAACAUUGGCCAGACAAUUGCACAGUACUUGGCUAAUGUCGGUAUGAACAUCCAUUACGUCAAGAGAAACCCUCUUCCAAAGGAGGAGGAAGAGAAGCUUGGUUUCCCUGUUCAUUACCACAAAACUCUUCUUGACGCUAGAGACCACGCUGAUCUUGUGGUCAUUGCAUGUCCCGGUACUCCAGAGACCUUCCACAUGAUUAACGCUGAAGUCAUUGAUGCCAUUUCCAAGCCAUUCCGUAUCAUCAACAUCGGAAGAGGCCCAGUCAUUGAUGAACAGGCUUUGGUUGAUGGUCUUAAGCAAGGUAAGGUGUUGUUUGCUGGCCUUGAUGUGUUCGAAAACGAGCCUCUGGUGAAUCCAGAGCUCUACAACCGUCAUGACGUCGUCUUGACUCCACACAUUGGUGCUUCUACCAAGGAGAACUACGACUACACAGCAGUCAUGGCCAUGAAGAACAUUGAAAAUGUAUUGUUGGAAGGAGGUGAGGGAAUCAGCAAGGUGAACUAG